AUGACUGGCGAUGGUAGUGCACAUAUUCCAAAAAGCAAUCAAAAUCAACACAAAGAUCGCUUUCAGUUCAUUGUGAAUGAUGAAAGUAUUCUAGGACCUCAAUGGUUAAGCCUUUACCAGACAGACGGAAAAGUGACGUUUGCAAAGUCUCAUUUUGAGCAAGCGAUGAUGAACGUUAUUAGAGAGCCGAACAUCAACUCUACUGUCAUAUUAAGAGCGGAUAUUCUGAAAGAAAUCAAUCAUGUUUCAGAAGGUGGGUCUGAACCAAAGUUCGACGAAUCUGUAUUGAAAAAGUUUGAAAUUGACAGUAAUAAUGAUGGUGGUGAAGAAGAUGUCAAGAAGAUAAAUAUUGAAGAUUUGAACAUUAGGUCCUGUGAAACCUCUGAGAGUUUAAAACUGUCGCCCGUUCAUGAAUUUGUGAGAAGGAUCAUUCCAAGAAACUUUUACAAAGAUGCAAUCAUAAACCAAACGUGCUUAAUUCUGAAUAGUAAAGACCCCAAUUACCAGGAAACUUCAUUGAUCAUAUAUACACCACACAUCAAUUCUGAGACGGAUUGUCCGUUUUACAUUCCAAAAACACAAACUGUAGGUAUUUUAUUACAUCAGUCAAUUCUCUCUGUACAUUAUAUUCCUUUCCCAGAAGACAAGACUGCCUUUACAGAUGAAUCAGAACGUGUUGUGAGAACCGCUUAUAGGUUAUUGCAAACUGCUAAUAAACACUCAAAAGGUGUCAUGCAGGGUUAUGAAAAGAGAGUUAAUCACGAUCAAGUUGUAAAUAAGGUCAAUUUCCAAAACACAUAUAUUGUUUUAAAGAAAAAGUACUCCAAGUUCUUGGUGGAAAACUGGGCAGAAUCCACUGACCCAAAGAAACAUGUAUUUGAAGACAUAGCAAUUGCUGCUUUCUUGAUUGAACUGUGGAUUAAAGUCUAUGGUACAGAUUUUCGUUCAAAAAUGCAAUUCAGAGAUUUGGGAUGUGGCAAUGGUGCUCUUUGUUACAUUCUAUUGAGUGAAAAUAUAAAAGGGCUUGGUAUCGAUGCAAGGAAACGGAAAUCAUGGUCUAUCUACCCAUCCGAGGUGCAAUCGUCAUUAAAGGAGCAAGUCAUAAUACCUUCUAUUCUUUUGAGGCCUCAUCCUGCUUUGAAAAGACAAGUACCUCAUCUAGAACAUAACGGGAGAUUUUUUCCAGUUAAAGUGACGCACGAAGUAAUUGCCCCCGCAACUGUCGUGUAUUCAAGCGAAGAUUUAUUAAAAUCUCCUCAAGUUAAUACUGCAGAGUUUCCACCGGAUACUUUUAUCAUAGGUAACCAUUCAGAUGAGUUGACUUGUUGGAUCCCGUUAUUGGGGCAUCCAUAUAUGGUUAUUCCUUGUUGCUCUCAUAACUUCUCUGGUCAAAGGGUUCGUUUCAACGUAAGGAAACGUUCAUUCAAGUCAAACGAAGUCAAAAACCAAAAUAAUAGCAAGAGCACCUAUUCUGGUUUAGUAGACCACGUUGAAUAUCUUUCGUCUCGUGUAGGCUGGAAAGUAGAGAAAGAGAUGUUGAGAAUACCAAGCACGAGAAAUGCCGCCAUCAUAGGUGUAGAAAAUGGGACAUUAAAGAACUUCCCAACACAAGCGGUGUAUGAUAUGAUCUGGGAAGAUGGCGGAGCUGAAGGCUGGAUUCAAAACACAAUGACUCUGUUGAAAAGAAACCCAAGAAACCAUUAG